AUGGAUAAAAUUCUCUUUUGGAAUACUAGAGGUGCUGGAGGUGAUGAUUUUAGUUCUGUAAUUGUGGACCUUGUUAAGAUGCAUGAUGUUGAUCUUUUAAUUAUUUGCGAACCUAGAAUUCAAUUUUCUAAAGCUAAGAGACAUCUUUUGAGCAUUGGUUUUACUGACUUUGUAGUUGAAGAAGCAACUGGUUUUUCAGGUGCUAUCUGGAUAUUGUGGAAUAAAAAUAAAGUUCAGCUCCAAAAGAUUGACUCUAAUUCUCAAUCUAUCACUGUGAAAGUUUCUGGGAAUGGCAUAGGUGAUUUUAAUGAACUUGUUGCUUAUGCUGAUAAAAAUGGCGGAUCUUACGCAGGUAAAUUUGGAGGUCUUAGAGAUUGGGUGCAAAGUGAGGCUAUGAUUGAUCUUGGAUAUCAAGGUGCUAAUUUUACCUGGUCAAGUGGAAGAAUUAAAGAAAGAUUGGAUCGGGGUUUCUGUAACACUGAUUGGAGGCUGCUAUUUGCUGAAGCUAGAGUUAUCCAUCUUGCCAAAACGAAGUCUGACCAUUGCCCAUUAUUGCUGAGACUUCAACCACAUGUCCAGAAUUGUAGAAUUAAUCCUCCUUUCCGUUUUCAUUCCAUGUGGAUGCAACAUGAGGAGUACAAGGGAUUUGUGACUACUGCUUGGAAUAAUACUGUUGGUAAUCUGCUCGACAAAACUAAUCUUCUUGCUUCUGAGUUAAAUACAUGGAAUAAAGACGUCUUUGGGAAUAUUUUCAAAAAGAAGAGAAGGCUCCUUGCUAGAAUUGCGGGCAUUCAGAAGAAGCUAUGUGUUCAUGACAACCCUUUCCUGCUCAACCUUGAGAAAGAGCUUAUUAAGCAGUAUGAAUUGGUCAGGGACCAAGAAGCUAUGCUAUGGAAGCAAAAGUCAAGAGAAAAGUGGAUUCAAGAUGGUGAUAGAAACACAAAAUAUUUUCACAUUACCACUAUGGUCAGGAGAAGGAAAAAUAAAAUCGAUGGCCUUUUUGAUGAUAGUGGUGGUGAUACCAAUUGCAGUGAGAAUCUAGUGGCUCCUGUCAGUCUCCAAGAAAUAAGAUCUGCUUUAUUCUCUAUCGGAGGUCUGAAAGCCCCUGGCUUUGAUGGCUUUCCUGCAGCUUUCUUUCAAAAUCAUUGGGAUCUUUGCAAAGUGGAAAUCAUUAACUUAGUUACUAAUGCCUUUCUUCAAGGCCAAUUAGCCUAUGUUGUACGAUGUACAAGUUUUCAAGUAAUCCUUAACGGUGAUUUGUCUGAGAAAUUUACUGCUGGUAGAGGAAUUAGACAAGGGGAUCCCUUAUCCCCUUACAUUUUUGUACUUUGCAUGGAAAAGCUCUCCCAUCUCAUUCAAUCGGCGAUUGAAGUUGGCCAAUGGAAACCAAUCAAAUCCUCUCAAUCUGGUCCAUUGGUGUCACACUUGUUUUUUGCUGAUGACUUGAUCCUGUUUGCUGAAGCUUCUACCAACCAAGCUAGAGUCCUGAAAAAAUGCAUGGAUUUGUUUUGUAGUAUCUCUGGUCAGUCUGUGAAUUUUGAGAAAUCCAAAAUUUACUGCUCCCCUAAUGUUAGGACUAACCUUGCCAGAGCUAUAAGUGGUAUUUGUGGCUCACCUCUCACGAAGGAUCUUGGUAAGUAUCUUGGUGUGCCUCUUUUGCAUUCUCGAGUUACUAAACUCACUUACUCUGAAAUGAUUGACAAGGUUCAUGGUAGGCUCUGUGGAUGGAAAAGUAAAACUCUGAGCAUGGCUGGUAGACUCACUCUAAUUAAUUCUGUGACUGCUUCUAUACCUAUUUACACUAUGCAGACAGCUAAGAUCCCCUUAUCUACUUGUGAUGCUUUAGAUAAACUCAACAGGGAUUUUCUUUGGGGUGAUAGUGAUGAUAAAAGGAAAAUACAUUUGGUAAAUUGGGACAAUGUUUGCAAACCUAAAAAUAGGGGUGGCUUAGGCAUUAAGAGGACAACUGAUAUGAAUAAAGCCAUGUUGGCUAAGGUUAGUUGGAGAAUUCUACAAAAUGAUGAUGGUUUCUGGUGCAAUUUGUACAAAGCUAAAUAUUUGAAACAUGUCAGUGUGAUUAGAAAUCUCUACAAACCUCCUGAUAAGUGCUCUACUACUUGGCGUAGUAUUUGCUCUGGCGCUACUCUAUUAAGACAAGGAAUUAUAUGGAGAAUUGGUGAUGGUGGCACUGCUCGAUUUUGGACUGACCAUUGGUCCUCUCAAGGAAUUUUGGCUCCUCUGGCUAUUGAUCGUACCAUGGUGGAUCCCAACUUACUAGUUCAGGACUUCUGGAAUGGCUAUGAUUGGGAUAUCACAAUGGUUUGUGCUUGUUUACCUCCUGAAAUUGCAGCUAAAAUUAUUUGCAUUCCUAUUGAUAACGUUGGGCGCACUUCUAAUAAGAUGAUAUGGAAGCCCACACAUGAUGGUAAAUUUUCUGUGAAAAGUGCUUAUAAUAGCAUUGUUGAUGAUGGUCAACCUAUUAGUGGUCUUUGGAAAGGUAUCUGGAGCUUCAAUAUUCAUCCAAAAUUAAAAAUCUUCAAUUGGCUCUUUGUUCGAGGGAGGGAUUGUCCCAUGGCUACUACUGUUUGGAAGGAAAUUGGAAUGCCUGCUACCAUUAUUAGAACUUUCAAGCUUGACUGGAAUAGUUGGAUAACAGCUAAGCUCUUGCAAAAAAACUGGUUGCAGAUUGCCAUUGAGCUUAAGAUCAAGCAUAUUACUGUGGAAACUGAUUCUGCUACCCUUUUGAACCUAAUGAUGAGUGCUGACAUUGAUCUCCAUCCCUUGGGUACUCUGCUUUCUAAUUGUAAGAUUAUGCUUACCUCAUUUGAAUCUUAUUUUAUUCAGUAUAUCCAUCGUGAGCAGAAUAUGGUUGCGGAUGGUUUAGCCAAGAUAAGUAUUGAUCAAGAGAUAGGGCUUUGCAGAUGCCCUUCCAUUCCUCCUUUUGUCUAUCAAGCUGUGAUGGAUGAUAUUGAUGGCAUUUCUAGGCCUAGAACCUUUAUGUCUUCUUAG